GUUUUGUGUACGGAGAGGGUGGGGUAUGACGUGCAACCCUGGCAUGCUCAGAAAAACGUUGGAUGUUGAUCAUUGUGAGUAAAAGCUAGAGCCCUCCAAGUUUGUAAACCAUUCAUCGCCGCGCCGGCAUAGCACGUAUAUUUCUCCAGCGAAAGAGACACGACUGAUCUUCAAUUGCCUUCUCAGAGCAACUCAGCCGAGCGCCAACCGGUCGGUUGCCCCUCAUUCCUUCCCGUCUACCCCUCGCUGUCGAAGCUGGGCUCAACAAAUUAGGCACAGGGCAUCCGACAAGCUCUCAGCCACCCCCAGUUGAGGGAGCUCCGGCUGACCUUGGGUGUCAGCAGCGACGUAACCCAGGAUGGCUCAGAUCCCCUUCCGCCAAAACUACAGAAAGCCCUCGCGCCAGGCGAGCAUGGAUCCACACAACGAUUUGAACCCUCAUGUGGACCAUUACAUUGGCAUUGACGUUGGCACGGGUUCUGCAAGAGCCUGCGUAAUCGAUGCCUCUGGUGACAUCAAGGCGCUGGCGACGGAGAACAUUGGACUUUGGCAACCAGAAACUGGAUACUACGAGCAGUCGACUACCGAUAUCUGGAGAUGCAUCUGCAUGUGCGUCCACCGAGCUCUCAGCCAGCACAACAUCGAUCCGACGACUGUUCGUGGAAUUGGCUUUGACGCCACCUGCUCCCUAGCAGUCUUCGCACACGAUACCGAUAAACCAGUGCCUGUUACCGGCCCUAAUUUCACGAAUGACGGAAAUGAUCGCAACGUCAUUCUCUGGUUGGACCACAGACCUGUCGAGGAGACGGCAAAGAUCAAUGCUACCGGCCACAAUCUCUUACGCUAUGUUGGAGGCAAGAUGAGCAUUGAGAUGGAAAUACCAAAAGUGCUGUGGUUGAAGAACCAUAUGCCACCUGAGUUGUUUGAUCGUUGCAAGUUCUAUGACUUGGCAGAUGCGUUGACCCAUCUGGCAACAGGCAACGAGACGAGGAGUUUCUGCAGCACAGUCUGCAAACAGGGCUAUGUCCCAGUUGGAGUUGAUGGAAGUGUCAAGGGGUGGCAGGAUGAUUUCUACGAGGCCAUUGGCUUGGGGGACCUUACCAAGGAUGACUAUAAGAGGAUUGGUGGAGUUGAUGGGGUGAACGGAAAGUACCUAAGUGCUGGCGAAUUAGUUGGCGUUCUGAGUGAGAAGGCCGCUUCACAGCUGGGCCUGCCUGCCGGCAUUGCAGUUGGUAGUGGUGUCAUAGACGCUUAUGCUGGGUGGGUUGGCACCGUAGGCGCAAAGGUCAACCUGGACAGUGACCAGCUUGACUCCCAGGUUCCUAAGAACGAUAUGUCUCAAGCUUUCAGCCGACUGGCAGCAGUUGCAGGAACAUCGACAUGCCAUCUUGCAAUGUCAAAACAGCCCGUUUUCGUCGACGGUGUCUGGGGUCCAUAUAGAGACGUGCUGCUUCCGGAUUUCUGGAUGGCUGAGGGUGGCCAGUCAGCAACGGGAGAGCUUUUGAAGCAUGUUCUCGAAACCCACCCAGCAUACAAUGAAACCGUGUCUCUGGCUGAGUCCUUCAGCACCAGCGUCUACGACUACUUGAACUCUCAUUUGGAGGAAUUGAAAGAAAAGACAAACGCACCAACGAUCUCCUACCUCGGUCGACACUUUUUCUUCUACGGCGACCUCUGGGGCAACCGUUCUCCGAUUGCCGAUCCUAACAUGACCGGAUCUGUCAUCGGACUGAGCAGUGACCGAAGCAUGGAUGGCUUGGCUAUCUAUUAUUACGCUACCAUGGAGUUCAUCGCCAUGCAGACACGCCAAAUCGUCGAAAAAAUGAACGAUUCCGGACAUGGCAUCACCAGCAUCUUCAUGUCAGGAUCCCAAUGCCAGAACAAGAUUUUGAUGGAACUCAUGGCCACGACGUGUGACAUGCCUGUAUUGAUCCCAAGAUACGUACACGCGGCUGUGGUUCAUGGUGCGGCUAUGUUAGGUGCUAAGGCAGCCAGUGCUGAUACAGAUGGCAAGACCGAGGAUCUUUGGAGCAUCAUGGAUCGUAUGAGCAAGCCUGGCAAAGUCACGAGACCGGGGAAGAAUGCGAACGAGAAGAAGCUACUUGAUGCUAAGUACAAGGUAUUCCUGGAGCAGGUUAAAACACAACAGGAGUAUCGGAUGAGCGUGGAUGAGGCUGUUAAAGGGUGGGCUUGAUUGUCUCCGUGUAUUUAAAAGAUAGAAAGAAUAGAAUGCUUGUUACCGCCUUGCGUCUAAAUUUCAAACCCUU